AUGGCCACUCCAGAGGCUCAGGCGGCUGGAGAGGCUCCGGCCAAGGAGAACCAAGUGGCCUUGGGGUCUGAGCAGACCAGGGCCCCCGCCUCGCCGGUCAAGAGGUCCUGGCUGGCGCGGCAUUUCUCGCUGCUGCUGCGGCGGGACCGGCAGGCCCAGAAGGCCGGGCAGCUCUUCUCGGGGCUCCUGGCACUCAACGUGGUGCUCCUGGGCGGAGCCUUCAUCUGCAGCAUGGUCUUCAACAACGUGGCCGUCACGCUGGGGGACGUGUGGAUCCUGCUGGCCGCACUGAAGGUCCUGUCCGCCCUCUGGCUCCUCUACUACACCGCGGGGACCACUCGGCGGCCGCACGCGGUGCUCCACCAGGACCCACACGCGGGGCCCGUGUGGGUGCGGGGCUCCCUGGUGCUCUUCGGCAGCUGCACCAUCUGCCUCAACGUCUUCCGCGUGGGCUACGACGUGAGCCACAUCCGCUGCAAGUCGCAGCUGGAGCUGGUCUUCCCCGCCAUCGAGGUCAUCUUCAUCAGCGUCCAGACCUGGGUGCUCUGGAAACACUGUAAGGACUGCGUUCAGAUCCAGACCAACUUCACUAGGUGUGGCCUGAUGCUGACGCUGGCCACGAAUCUGCUGCUGUGGCUUCUGGCCGUCUCCAACGACUCCAUGCACCAUGAGAUCGAGGCUGAACUCAGCGCCCUCAUGAAAAAGCUUUCAGGCAACGGUACCAACACCUGUCUGUGCCUCAAUGUCACCAUGUGCGAGGUCUUCCGGAAGGGCUACCUGAUGCUCUACCCCUUCAGCACCGAGUACUGCCUCAUCUGCUGCGCCGUGCUCUUCGUCAUGUGGAAGAACGCGGGCCGCCGCCCGGCGCCCGCCAUGGGCGCGCCACCCGGCGGCCCGUCCUUCCACCUGCACGGCGCCAUCUUCGGGCCGCUGCUGGGUCUGCUGGUGCUGGUGGCGGGCGUCUGCGUCUUUGUGCUCUUCCAGAUCCAAGCAAGCGGCCCGGCCAUCGCGCGGGAGUACUUCACCAUCUACUACGCCUUCUACGUGGCCGCCCUGCCCGCUAUGAGCCUGGCGUGCCUGGCGGGCACGGCCAUCCACGGGCUGGAGGAGCGAGAGCUGGACACGUUCAAGAACCCCACCCGCAGCCUGGACGUGGUGCUACUGAUGGGCGCGGCGCUGGGCCAGAUGGGCAUCUCCUAUUUCUCCAUCGUGGCCAUCGUGGCCACCCGUCCCCACGAGCUGCUCAACUGCCUCAUCCUGGCCUACUCUCUGCUACUCAUCCUCCAGCAUAUGGCCCAGAACCUGUUCAUCAUCGAGGGCCUGCACCGCCGCCCGCUCUGGGAGGUGGCUCCUGAGAGCCUGGCUGGGAAGUGGGAGGCCGAGCCGCCCCGCAGGGGCUCCCUGCUGGAGCUGGGCCAGGACCUGCGGCGGGCCUCGCUGGCCUACAUCCACUCCUAUAGCCACCUCAACUGGAAGCAGCGAGCCCUCAAGGAGAUCUCACUCUUCCUCAUCCUCUGCAACAUCACGCUAUGGAUGAUGCCUGCUUUCGGCAUCCACCCUGAGUUUGAGAAUGGGCUGGAAAAGGACUUCUAUGGCUACCGGACGUGGUUCACCAUCGUCAACUUUGGCCUGCCUCUGGGGGUCUUCUACCGCAUGCACUCCGUUGGGGGGCUGGUGGAGGUCUACCUGGGGGCCUGA